AAGCUCGAGCAGGGGAAGGACGAAUCAAAGAGUAUCAGUGAAUAAACUGAUACGUCGCCGUCAGGUGCGACCGGGAAUUCUUUAUUAUUUUCCUCUUCUUUUGGGUACGAAACACGACCGGGAAUUGUCUUGCAACUUCCAUUUGUUCCGGCGGAAGGGAAAGGAAGGGUCAGCGGAGCGGAGAAAGAACGAAAAGAAAGCAGAAGGAAGAAUAGCAAUGGCAGGAGUAGCACAGGCGUUGAAGCGAAUCCCUAGCAUCAAGUUCCCUCAGCGGCGUCCCAAUCCUUCCACAGGUUCUGUUUCCAAGACAGAAGGAGCUUCCGCUGCUGGAAAUGCUGUUUCAAACUUCUUCUCCAGUGCAAAAGCUUCAAACCCUCUUGGAGGUCAAGCUUCUCUUCAGCCCAAACGAACGCCAGUUUCUCGUGAUGAGAUUGAGACAAUCUUGUUGGGCGGCUGCAUCUGAUCAUCUGGUUGAAGUUCAAAACGCGAUGGGGCCCGUUUGAUGCUCACCAUUCCACUGGAAGAUGUCCAUAAAAUGUUUAGAAAUUGCAAUUUUAUGUAUCAAGAGGCUUUAAUGAACAUUACAAGGGUCAGAGUGAACUUUGAAUCGUGGAUUAAUUACAGGUUUGGUAAUGUGGCUGAUUGAUACAUCUGUACUGAUUGAUCUAAUGUGGUCAAAUUGGCGACUUGUGAUAAAUAUCGUUCAAGUUUGUACGAUAAUACAUACUGCUAUGAUGUCAGUUAAAUAGAUUCUCGCAUGUACUUCAGUCCAGUGAGCAAUCCUAUGGUUGUGCUACAAUCGCGGCGAAUAAAUAUGUACUUCUAAAAGAUUCUUUAUAUUGUGUACGAUUGAUUACGUCUUAUUGGUGUUUAGUGUUUACAAUGUAACAAGUACACGUAUGGGAAAUUGGGAAUAUAUGGUGUCUGCACUCUGCAUGUGACUGGGCCCGAAGCCCAUUAUUCUCUUGGGCCCAACGAACACACUUAUUUAUUUUAAUCGGAUUCUAUUCUACCAUAUGCAGUCUCAUUGUAUUAAAUUACGGUUUACGAACUCAACUUUUCAUUUUCCCGAACUUUGAGAAAACCAAAAUACGGAACCCACUGUCCUGCGAGCCAAAAGUAUUGGAAAACAAAACCUCCAUAGCCGCACCACGGGAAAGUUCCCCUUGCUCCUCUGUUUCAUGUUACCAACGCCAACGCCAACGCAUAAAGGUUUUCUUUCUGCGGUAGCAUAUUCGCUCGGAGAUUAUGCAGCAGCUUAAUCCAUUUGUGUGACCUGGAUUUCGGGAUUUGGGAUUCGCGAGAGUUCUCUCUCUGUGAGGAUUGGGGACUGUAGGGUGUAGCUGUGAUGGCUUCAUGGAUGAUCGUCGUGGAAAGCUGAAUAUCAUACCGGAUCACUUUCAAGUAUCAACUUCCGGCGAGGACACUCCACAAGCAGAAACUAAUCCUGUUUCCCAGCCAAGAGUUGAUAAUUUGGCUAGGAUAGGCCCCAAAGUCUUUCCUGGUCACCGAGAAAAUUGAAGACUGCUGCAUCUAUGUUGAGAAUGUUCAGUCUACGUGGCCUACCUUGGACCCCUGAUGGCCAGCAAAAGGUUCAGGUAACUGUUGCAGAGUUGGAAUCACUUCGCUCGGAGCUGGUCGAGGUAGAAGAAAGGGAAGCUUACUUAAAAGCUCAGUUGGAACAUGUUGAUGAAAUUUUGCGCACAGCUCGCCUCUCAGGCUAUUUAUACAUUAGAUCUAGAUGGGCAGCUUUACCUGGUGAGCCUGCUGUAAUUGAUGAUAUUGAUAUCGACGAUUGGCUUCCUCGAUUUGUUGUCCUUCACGGACAGUGUUUAUUCUUCUAUUUGUUGAGCACAGAUUUGAGUCCUCAAGAUUCAACUCUACUCGCCGAUGUUGUUGAAGUGGGUUCUCUACCGGAAGUUAGACGCGAAGAUGAUGAGAUAAGAUAUUCCUUCUAUGUUUUGACUCGUCAGGGCCUUCGGUUCGAGUGCUCCAGUGCUUCUAAAUUACAGUCGCAAUUGUGCUGUACUUGAUCCAUUCCAAAUGUGCUCAUUUUCCUCAGGCGGAGACAUGGUUAGAGGCACUAAAAACUGACUGCAAAUAUGGCUGUGGUGGUGCAGAAUCUGUAAACGACUCUUCUGAGACGAAUAAUCGCUCCGAGACUGACUGAACACUGAACUGUACUUAGGCUUAUUCAAUUGUACAUCUUUCCUUCAGCUGAUAUUUGAUUGGAGCUUGUGAUUCCUCGUACUGCUUCGUUUUGUUCAUGUACAUAGAUUGACACACUCAUUUAACCCGGAAUUCAUUAUAUACUACUUCCCAGUUCUUGCUAGUUCAGCGAGGACUACAAGUUUUCAGUAAUUCAUUGUGCACCUUUCUUAGACC